AUGGAUGAAUUCUUCGAACAGGUGGAGGAGAUCCGUGGCUGCAUUGAGAAGCUCUCAGAGGAUGUGGAGUUGGUGAAGAAGCAGCACAGUGCCAUCUUGGCUGCCCCCAACCCUGAUGAGAAGACCAAGCAGGAACUGGAGGACCUCACAGCUGACAUAAAGAAGACUGCCAACAAGGUGCGCUCCAAGUUGAAAGCGAUUGAGCAGAGUAUUGAGCAGGAAGAAGUGCAGAACCGGUCCUCAGCUGACCUGCGGAUCCGGAAAACACAGCACUCAACCCUCUCCCGCAAGUUUGUGGAAGUGAUGACGGAAUACAACACAACCCAGUCCAAAUAUCGAGAUCGUUGCAAGGACCGAAUCCAGAGACAACUGGAGAUAACUGGCAGGACAACAACCAAUGAGGAACUAGAAGACAUGCUGGAAAGUGGCAAGUUGGCAAUCUUCACCGAUGAUAUCAAAAUGGACUCACAGAUGACGAAGCAGGCCCUGAAUGAGAUUGAAACCCGGCACAAUGAGAUUAUCAAACUGGAAACCAGCAUCCGGGAGCUGCAUGACAUGUUUGUGGACAUGGCGAUGUUGGUGGAGAGCCAGACUACGUGGAAAGAGCCGUCUCUGACACCAAGAAAGCUGUAA